AUGGAGAAGAGCGUGAAGAGGAAACUUCAGGAAGCUGAUGUUCCCCCCAGAAACUCCUCUGAACCCAAGAAGGCUGGAGAUCAACCAGCGCUGAAGAGGACUAAAGCAUGCGUGCUAACAAAGCCCAAGGAAGACUUCACCAUCCCUGGACUUGAACCAGCGGAGGAGAGGACACCUGCAUGGGUGCUCAGCAAGCUGUUCAAAUACAGUGAUGAGGAGAAGGAAGACCUCCCCAUCCCUGGACUGGAACCAGCAGAGGAGAAGGCAGCAGCAUGCGUCCUCAACAAGCUGUUCCGGUACAGCGAUGAGGAGAAGGAUGGUUUCUCCAUCGGGCGUAAGAUGAAGGCCUUGGAUGGUGGAGAACCCCCAGAGAAGAGGUCCAAGGACAGCAGUGAGUCCAGCAGCUCCCCUGUCACCUGGGAAUCGGACUCCUCUGCUCCUAACCUCCAACCAUCUGAGUCCGGCACCAAACAUAAGGACGGUGACGCAGAAUUAUCAGAGGAGGAAAAAAUAUACAAGAUGUCCUCCUCAACUAACAAGAGCCAAGCCGACUUUAAGUCCAAAUAUGAGGUUCUGGGUCCACUUGGCAAGGGAGGCUAUGGAAUGGUCUACAGUGGCUUCAGGAAAUCAGACAAGCUACCGGUUGCCAUCAAGUAUAUCAAUGCAGCGAAUGUCAGGCGCCAAGAGGUGAUAUGCAAUGGAACGAGCUACAACGUCAUCCUGGAGGUGGCGUUCAUGCUCAAAGCAACAGGAUUAACAGGAGAAGUCGGCCAGUCAGCAGCGGUGUCACUCCUUGACUGGUACUUCCUGGACGACAGACUAGUUCUGGUCAUGGAGAGACCGACGCCCUGCAUGGACCUCCUGCAGCAUCUGAAGAAGCGUGGAGGAAAACUGUGUCAGGACGAGGCAAAGGACAUCUUGAGGCAGUUGGUGGAUGUCACCAUUGAUAUGGAAUCAAAGGGCAUCUUCCAUCAAGACAUCAAGCCUCACAAUGUCCUCAUACAGUCUCAGUCCGGGGUGUCAAGAGUGCGCCUCAUUGAUUUCGGCUGUGCGAGCUUCUCCUCAGAGACGUGUCAUCAUUUUUGUGGUACCCGUCUAUAUGCCCCCCCAGAGUGGUUGUAUUGUGGGGCGUACCAGGCCUGCCCGACCACUGUGUGGCAGCUGGGGGUGCUGUUCUACUCCCUCCUCCAUGGGGCAUUUACGUUUACCACCAAGGAGUUCCUGAAAGGCGCAGUUGAAUUCAACUGGAAACUGUCCAAAGAGAGCAAGCUUCUGCUGAGGAUGUGCCUGGUCGAGAACCCAGAACAUCGAAGCACCCUGCAGCAGCUUCAGAGGCUUCUGGAAACAAAAACAGAUUUCUACCGGGUGUAG